UUCCCCGGCACAGAGGUCAAAAUGGAGACGGGUGCCAUCGUGAAACUCCGGGCCAAGUGUCUGGAAAGAGGGGCCUCAGGGAUUAAGGGGCUGGCCAGGUUUUUCCGGGUCAUGGAUGACGACCGGAGCAAAACUUUGGACCUGGAGGAAUUUGUGCAGGGGCUCCGCGACGCAGGGGUCCCCCUGGAACGGGCCGAAGCGCAGGAGAUUUUCGCCUUCUGCGACAAGAACCGGAGCGGCACGCUGGACUUUGACGAAUUCCUGGAGGCCUUGCGGCCCCCCAUGUCUGAAGCCAGGAAGGAGGUCAUCCGCCAGGCCUUCCAAAAACUGGACCGGACGGGCGACGGCCUGGUGACGGUGGAGGACCUCCGCGGGGUCUACAACGGCCGCUGCCACCCCAAGUUCAAGAGCGGCGAGUGGACGGAGGAGCAGGUCUUCCGUUCUUUCCUGGACAGCUUUGACUCCCCAGACGAUAAGGACGGGAAGGUGACGGCCGAGGAGUUCCUGAACUACUACAGCGCAGUCAGCGCCUCCAUCGACAGCGACGACUAUUUCGUGGGCAUGGUGAAAGCCGCCUGGAAGAUUUAGCAAGAAUGGAAGAUAAACCCAGCCAAGCAAGCAAGCAAGGACUUAUCGUUACAAGUUUUGUCUCUUUUUUUUUUAAUGUAAUUCCCAAAUACAUCUGAUAUGACAAUUGUACAGAAAUCUUCCAAAACA